AUGAAUCCAAACGCUCCUAGCUAUUCCGCCGCAACUUCUGAUGUGAAUGUUAGAAUGAUGGAGGCCCAGGUGUCUACUUCUCGCGAAGCUGAAGUUAACAGACCAGAGAACAUAAAGAGAAGCUAUGCUUCUAAGCAAAAAGAGUAUAAAGAUUGGUAUGAUGAAGCUUUCUCGAGCAUUCCCCUUGAAAAUCACUACACUGUAUAUGGAGAUAAGCUCCAUUUGUUUCUUAAAGACUGUGUUGUCAACCGAACCUACAGAAGAGACACUGGAAAAACUAUCAAAUCAGUCGAGGCUUUUGUGGAGACAGAUGUUGAGCCUACUGACAUUCUUUUGCAGAGAGCACUUCCUCUGAUGGCCAGAAAGUUGGCUGACAUGCAGAAUGCGAACAGCGGGUUUCACAGAGAAGUUCUGUGGGAGUUUGGUGUUCUUCACCAGAAGAUUGACGACUUGGUAUCUGGGAGAAUCCCUCUUCGGUCCCUUCAAGAAGAUGGAGGGGAAAGAGAUGGAGCUAGAUCAACAGAGGUCCAAGCAUUUCCAGUCCCGGCCAACAACUCUGAACCAAUUUCCCAGCUGCCAGACAUACCUGUUUGGUAUAGAAUGAGCAGAGGUGUGCAGACGGUGACUGACUUGUGGAGAGAAUGGCAUGUGGGACUCUCUGACUGUGUCUCCAUACACGAGAUGGAGACGAGGUACAGCAUUGCUUGGAGAAACAAUGAUCGACAGUUCUUCAAUAGAUGUAAAAGAAUUGUCGAUUGUAUUAAGGAAUAUAUGGUUGACAAUUCCUCAGUACUAUACUCCAAAGAUAUAAACUUAUUUGAAAGCAUAUUAAAGGAAUACUUUUUCUUGUCACUUUAUCACUAUGAGGAAGCAUGUAAUAUUCAACUUCAAUAUUUGGGUUUAGAUACUGCUGGAGAUGCUCUUAGAGAGCAGUAUAUACAAAAUAUACAAUUUGUAAACGUUGUACCCAAGAGGCAAAACGUUGUGUCCCAAACGUGGCUGUGUAAGAAACGUCAUGCUCAAGAGGCAAAAUGUCGUGUCCCAAACGUGGCUGUAGUUUAUAUUCAAUGCAAUGUCUUUUUUAUUGUAGUUCUUAUGCAAUAA